CUCAAAUCUAAAUAUAAAUCAUAUUAAUAUAUCGUUUGAUUAUGAUAAUCACGUACGAAACCAAGCUAUGUAAUAGUUCAGGUUUUCAUAUUAAAGUGGUGAUAUUGUUUCCUUGUGUUCUUCUUUGAUGAGGUCAAAGGAUUCUCAGGAACGGAUUAUAGUUUGGCCAAAUAAAUGAAAGCUCGGAUCGAUUUUCCUAGCUGCAUAAAGACGGUUGGGUUUUAAAUCCAUCUAGAUUCAGCUAAAAUUUGCGAAGGAACGAAAACGAUUAUUAGUCAUUUUCCUUGGGGCUCAAAGAUUAACAGAGUUUGUGACGUGUCUGCACAAUAACUUUGCCAUCCAGGAAGGGUUCCUUAUAUUGAGUUUUCGUAUCAUGCACAACAGCCACAGACCCCUACCGGAAAGAGAAUGGGAAACUUUAUUUGGAAUAUACAGAUAACAUUCGUCUUGUUUUAUGGUACCGAUAUUGUGCAAGGAUCAGUUAAAAAGGGAGUUGCCAUUGCUCCAAAAGCCUUUCUCUGUGAUGAUUUCAAAGCAUUGAACAACGUAGCGUGGUGGUAUAACUGGGGUGCCAAUAUAGAUAAAAUACGAAACUAUAGUGGAUGUGUCAACGUUAGCCAACACGCAGAUACCCACGUACCAAUGACAUGGGGAUAUGGGCACUAUUUUUCGAGAUAUUAUAUUUACGAUCAGGCGGAGUUUCUUUUGGGUUUCAACGAGCCGAAUCACAAAGCUCAAUCAAAUAUUAAGCCGGAAGAUGCUGCUAAGUACUGGAGAGAGGUUGAAGCGCUUGCUGACGGAAGACCAGUUGUGAGCCCAGCAGCCGCUCCAUGUGCAUCCGGUUGCAAUGGUGACACAAAAGAAUGGUUUGAUCAGUUCUUUAAAAGCUGUAAUGACUGUAGAGUGGACUACUUAGCUACUCAUGUAUAUAGCUGUAAUGCUGAUAAAACAAUGGCGUUCUUAGAAGGUUUGUACAAAUUGUAUAAUCUAACGAUCUGGCUAACGGAGUUUGCGUGUCCUAGAAAGACAAAUCCACUGCGACAGCUGAAGUACAUGAAGGAGGUGUUGCCGAAGCUUGAAGAAGCACCAUACAUCUUCAGAUACGCCUGGUAUGUAUCUCGAGUUACAGAAAACACAGCUACUACGUUUAUCCCCAUGGCUGCUAGUUUACUUGAACCUGACUCCUCCAGCCUGACGGUCCUUGGGCAGUUCUAUAACAAUUUCACUAGUACUGACACUUCUACCAGUACCACUGGAAGCACUGUUAAUAAUACUACGACUACAACUACGAGCAGUUAUAACACGACAAUGUAUAAUACCACGACUAAGUCUACAAGCGAUUAUAACUCCACGACUGCCAGUACCGUAUACAAUACUACCACUAUGAGUAAGAGCUACACUAUUUCAACACUAAGCAAGUAUGACAACACCACCAUGCUAAGUACAAAGACAACAAUAAAUAUAUAUAUCAGCAGUGCUAAAAUGAUAUGUGUUUCUGUAGAUAUUAUUAUAUUGACCACGUGGAUGUUUGUUCAGCAGCAGUUUUACUAAAAUAUCUAAAAUAAACAUCACCCGAAUCUGCUCAAAAGUUGCUCAUUUCAGACUACGUACAUAUUGCGUCUACAUAUACACAAUCAUUUAGUAAGUUUUAAAUGUUACAAUUUACCUUUAUAUACGAAGGAAUGUGUCUUAAUGCUUCCAACAGCUGUAGGAGCUGGAGCAUGUCAGUAAGAAAGUUCAAAGACUGAUGAUUGCUGAUUCCUGCUGAGACGGUAACAUGACACUAAAGAACGCAAACGAAAAUCUUGCUUUACUCGGUCUGCAAAGCGGUACAAUAACGAUAACUAGCAUGUGCUAAUUAUAUGUGUUACAAACUAAAUAGUAGACUGGCUGCAGUGCUAUAACAUUUACACCUGUGUUAGCUUCGACAGAUUACAGGGGAAGUAAGUUUUGCAAGCAGUUCCUGUACAAACAUGUGUAUUGCUCGUAGCUCUAAACAAAGCUGUUUAUAAUAUUUACAAGGGAUAACAUUACAUAAGAGAAUCUCAACCGAUACCGAUAUGAACCAGCCGUCAGAUAAAAAUAAUAAGAGGCUCACAUAUUCAUAGUUAAAAUGUUUAUUUUAUUGCAUUAAAAUAUGAAUCCUGCCUGGAAGCUAGGCUGAAACACGUGUAAAAGAUGAAUAUUUACAAUUAGUAUUUUGAUGACAAAACUCAUUAUUAUUCAAACUAAAUGUUAUUUUAUAUAAUUUGUAAAAUAAUUUAUACGUCACACAAAAUUACAUGGCAUUUCCAGCCUAAUUAUUUUGUUUGCUGAUUUCAAACAUGAAAUAGACAGAUUUAACAUUCUCUUGGUCAUUAAUACUGAAUAUGAAUCACGUUUUCAUACAUAUGAAACUUAACUCCGUAUGAGCUUAGUAUAUUAGUGUGAUGAACAACUGUGUUCUUUGAAACACCUGAUAUUAGUGUUCAAAUGUUUGUUGCUUAUUUCUAAGCAUUUAAUAUUUGUUUUUAUUAUCACGUUUAAACACUUCCGAUAUUCAUUUACUCAGGUGAACAUGUCGUGCAUAUGUUGGUUUGCGUAAAGAAAGAAGCUAAGAAAAAAUCAUAUUAGUAAUCUUACAACUCGCAAACAAUUUAUAACUAGAAUUAUCAAAUAAAUAUAUAAAUGA